CUUUUCAUAAUGACUCUCAUCAUCUCUCGCCAGCCCCAAGAUACACUCACUCUGAAGCGGCUCUACUUUUCAGUGCCUGGCGUCCCCUUCCUUCCAAUAGUGACAAUUGUCUGCAACAUCCUACUUCUGUUGCAGUUGAGUCCGGCCACUUGGAUUCGUUUCGGCACCUGGAAUGGCCUGGGUACAUAG